GGAUCAGUUGGGGUUAAAGUAGUGAAAUGGGGUGGUGUUUUUAUUUAUUUUUAUUAAGUAAUAUAUAGGUUUAAUGUUAGUUGGUGGUGCAUUAAAAUGUACCCCUUUUAAUUUUUGUAUCACAAAAUAUAACGUCGUCGACCACACACUCCCGUACAGUAGGUGGCGGCAUGCACAAACAAAAUGUGGAACGCUGUGAUAACAAAGAAGACCAAGAACCAUUUCCACGUCAGCUUUUAUAUUAUUUAGACGUUCAAUAACACAUACUUAAACCAUGUAGUCUUUAAUUCACGUUGGAGACAAGAUUUGGUUGAUAUGUUAUCUAGGUAAAACUAGCUAGCUGCUAACAAUGGCUAGCUGUGUGGGUUUUCACACUGAAAUAGCCUCCAUUAUGGAGGUGCUAGCGAAUGCAGCCGUGGCAGAGAUCUGUAAACUCGUAGACGACGACUAUGCAGUGUUUCGUUUGGAAGUAACUCAAAGCCAGAAAGAAAACAGGGCAUUGCGGAGGAAACUACAGCUACUGGAACUGAAGGUGACACGGGAGCGCGCAGAGAGGACAAUACGAGAUCGUGUCCUCACCAGUCGUCCCAGUAGUGUCAAGAUCCUCGACCGAUACAAAGGAAUGGCAAGAGGUGAAGGACAUCUUACUGGAGGCCCCAGGAUCUUUGUGAAGCCAGCAGGACACUAUACAUGGAGAGAUGACCAAACAAUCACUGUUGAUGAGGGGACUGGAACCUCAACCCAGCACGUUAUUGUGAUAGAAUCUGCAGAUGGAGAAGCUGCAGGUCCCGGGGUCAAGCAGGAAAGGUCUGAAGGAGAAGUGGACCCACGGCGCAGCAGAGACAUCCAGACUGGAGCGGCAGGAGAGCCCUCUGUAGCCACGGAGGACACCGCCCCAGAGCCUCCCAGGACCCAACGCAGCAUCACGGAGGAGGAGGAGGGUCCAGACAUGGUGCUGGUGAAGGAGGAGGGUCUGGGGAACCCUGAGGAGACCAUGGUCAUGGAGGACAACCAGACUACACCUCCUCCUGAAACCACAGAGGAACCAGCUGAGCAGCACAGGACCACACACAGUCUCACUGAGUGUGCAGUCCAUGAGGACCUGCUGAUAUCCGGUGUUGCUGGCGAUCACAAACCCUGGCCCCGGAUCCGAACCCUGGAUCAGGAGCUGUUGCUCUUCCUUCGCAAGUCGGAACAAGGACCGAACCACCACCACCACACAGAACACAACCAGUGGACAGGUGGACUGAACAACCUCAGUCCUGGUGGUCAUCAGAGUUACCGAGGAUCCAAUCUGGGAUGCAGUCUGCAGCCCAGACCCUUCUCUUCACAGUCUCAGUGCAGUGAUGAAGCAGUGCUUGGGGCUGAUAGACCCUCCUGUUCCUAUGAUACAAACACCACAGUAUCCAUGAUGAACAGAGCAGGUGACCCUAAGCUUCAGCCUUCAGAGAGUGGUGGGAGACCCCCCUGGUGGUAGUCUUUCAGGAAGUCUGUCUUCUCCAGGAUCUCAUCUACUGCCUGGUGAAUGGGUUAAUAGAAGACCUGGACCUGGGUCUAGCCUUCCUCAGUUACCUCAUGGUUACCCCACCAAUACAGACAGGGUCAGGAUGGGCGUUCACCACGAGCGAUACCUAGCCUAUAACACAGCACCCAAUCUCAACAACACCCAAACAAUGGCUAGAGGUCAAGGACGGAGCUCAAAGACUCCUGUUUCUACCUCCCCUGGUGUCAUUGGGUUACAACAUGGGAGGCCAAGCAUUAGGACAGACGCAGACAAGCCGUACACCUGCCCAACGUGUGGGAAGCGCUUCGCUAGGGCAGACUAUUUGAGGGAGCACCAGACCGUUCACACCAAGGAGAAGCCCUUCAAGUGCAAACUAUGUUACAAGAGCUUCUCCUUACAGAAUAACCUUACCAGACAUAGGAGUGUCCACAAGCGGGAGAAAUCGUAGCAGUGUAGCUUGAGAUGCACACAGGGUAUGUCUGGGAUAGUUAUCAUGUGAAGUGUCUUGAGGUAAGAGGGUAAUUAACCACAUACCCUUCAUUAACCCUUUGGUAACUUGUCAUUUGAAACAGGCUUGUAAAUACCUGUUUUUAGAGAGACAGUAAAUCUAGGCUAAAACAAGGACAGUUUAAUAUUUACCUUACUGAGGUGAUGUAGAUGGAAUAAAGUAAUUCUAUUGUUUUCUACUCUAUUUUUACUAUCACACUGUUCUUUCUAAACCAGUGUGCUCUCAGCUUUAAAGAUACUUUUCAUAGGAGAUUUGAUGUGUCAUGUAAUAAGCAGUACCGCAUUUCAAAGAACAGCGCGCAUAACUUUUUCAUUUAACCACACCCUUUGGUGACUAUUUAACAGUCGGAUUGCCUGGAGAUAGAAGCUGUUUUUCAGUCUCUCGGUCCCAGCUUUGAUGCACCUGUACUG